GAACCGGGUCGGAUUGAACCGAACCGAGCCCAACCGAACCAACUCCGGCCGAAGCGUGCCCAGGCGACUCCAAGUGAACCGCAGCGCAUCCCGCCGGGUCCAAGACGAGCCAUGCACCUGUACAUGCUGGGCCGGCUGUUGUCCAUAGGACGGGCGGUGCUGGCGGCGCUGCGGGGGCGGCUGGGCGCGUUGUGCUGGAGCCUGACUCCCCUCUCCCUGUCCCUGCCCCUAUCCUUGCCCGGCUGGCGACGGGACUCACCCCCACGGCGGGAGAGAGAGCAGGAGUGGGACGACGCGUCCCCGACACCCACCAGUGUCAACUACCACUUCACUCGGCAGUGCAACUACAAGUGCGGCUUCUGCUUCCACACUGCCAAGACCUCCUUCGUGCUGCCGCUGGAGGAGGCCAAGCGGGGGCUGGCGAUGCUCAAGGAGGCGGGAAUGGAGAAAAUAAAUUUCUCGGGAGGAGAACCGUUUCUUCAGGACAGAGGUGAAUUUGUAGGCAAACUGGUCCAAUUUUGCAAGCAGGAGUUGGAACUCCCAAGUGUCAGCAUUGUUAGCAACGGCAGCCUGAUCAGAGAGCGGUGGUUCAAGAAGUACGGUGAAUAUUUAGACAUUCUGGCAAUUUCAUGUGAUAGUUUUGAUGAGGAUGUCAACAUUUUAAUUGGCCGUGGUCAAGGAAAGAAGAACCACGUGGAAAAUCUGCAUAAACUGAGACAGUGGUGCCGAGAGUAUGCUGUUGCUUUCAAAAUAAAUUCGGUGAUCAACAGAUUUAAUGUUGAGGAAGAUAUGAAUGAGCAGAUCAAGGCACUCAACCCUGUGCGCUGGAAGGUAUUCCAGUGCCUGCUCAUUGAAGGGGAGAACAGUGGUGAGGAUGCCUUGAGAGAAGCAGAAAAAUUUGUUAUUAGUGAUGAAGACUUUGAACGAUUCUUGGAUCGUCACAAAGAUGUCUCCUGUUUGGUACCUGAAUCUAAUCAGAAGAUGAGAGAUUCAUACCUCAUUCUGGAUGAAUAUAUGCGUUUUCUAAACUGUAGAAAUGGACGGAAAGAGCCUUCCAAGUCUAUCCUAGAUGUUGGUGUGGAAGCAGCUAUAAAAUUCAGUGGAUUUGAUGAGCAGAUGUUCUUAACAAGAGGAGGAAAGUAUGUGUGGAGUAAAGCCGACAUGAAACUAGACUGGUAACUCAAUAUACUGAGUUAGGGCAGCGCAUCAUGUAAAGAAAAUGUGUAUGUAUAUGAGUGUAUACCUGUAUUUAAUGCUUUUAAUUACACUUGGUAUAUUAUACAGACUGAUGUUCAGUAUAACUCUAUAUGUGAAUGUGUUUUUUAAAUGCAGAUUAUGUACUUUUAUUUUAUUGAGCAUAACUUAAUACUUUCAGAGCUUUCAUAUGAACAGAUGUCUGAAAUAAACUUUCUAAUCCAUUUUAUGAAGGACUUAAGGGCAAACUGUUAACAUAACGUCACGCAGUAAAUGUUUUUAAAAUACUACAUGAGUGUGCAUGCCAGAGAAAUCAAACCCCACCCCAAUCUCUACUUCAUUAUAAACAGCUGUAAGGAUGGAGAAAUGAAAACUCUUACCGGGGAAUGCAUUCUGCCUGUUUCUCAGGGAAAGGUGGAUUGUAGUUCCUCUUUAGAUCACAAGAGGGCCAGCUGGUAGGCCACUGGAAGCACCAUCUGCCUUUUUCGGAGGUAAUAGAGGGUCAGAAUCUAGGAAUCAUUAUCUGUAAUAAUGUAUUUAAAAGAAAAUCAAGAUGAAAAACUUGGCCAUUCUCAUUUUUUAAGACUUAACUGUAAAAGUAUCUGGUUUUAUUCUCCCACUCCUCCAUAUGCACAGACAACAUUUGCAAAAAUGUUGGGGGAUGUAAAUUUCUGCAAAAACAUAUUUUUAGUCAUGAAAGAAUAUUGUAUUUGUCCAUCCUGAAACCUAGAAGUACGUUCUACCUAAUGAUAAACAGCUUCUUAUUUCACAUUGGCAAUGGCCUUAGUUCUAACUAAUAUUUACAGUGAGAAUGUUUGCAUUUUAUUAAUUCCUCCAUUUUCCUUUUAUCUGCAAAUAUUGAUUUAUUAUUUUCAGCUUUUUUUCUCUCUGCAUGCAUACAGUUUUGAUGAGGAUUCCUUCUCAAAUAAUACUAUGUAGCACAACCUAACAUGAAUCUUCUGUUGCAUAGUGGCUUUUUAUUUUGCUAAGCCAUGGAAUUACAAACAGAAAAGUUCAUUUUAUCUUGUAACCUUGCUUUAAAGGUCGCUUGGUUUAGUAAUUAAUUAUCUUGCUGGCUGCAAACCUUCAGAUAUUAAAUGAAAUUAAUUAGAUUUUUUGAUAGCUGCCUUUAAUUAAGAGCUUGCAGCAUCAAUAUAAAAUAAAGAAAAAAAUGAAAAAAACCCAAAAAUAAUCAAGUAUACUAUCCUCAUUCUUGGGUUUCUGGCAAUUGUUAUGUCUUUGUAAUUGCAGCUUUUCAAAUUUAACCAGUCCCAUCCUCCUCCUGUUUGAAGGCAAUAGGGAUAAGCAUUGCAGAGAGCAGAAGUGAGCUGGCACUACUCAUUCAUCCUGUCCGUUGAAUGUCUGGACUGUCUCACACUUCUAAAUAUUUGCAGCAGUUGGGAGUCAGCAUGCAUUAAAUGUAUCAUACAGAAAAUGACACUUUUUUUUUUUUGAAGAGGUUUUAGAGAGAAAUAUUUUACAUUCACCUACUGCAUCUUCAAAGUUGAAGGGAAAAGUGCUUAAGUAGGAGCUGCUACUUCUGUGCACCUCCAAAUACACUGUAAAAAUGUUUCCAUUUAUAAUUCCUUCAGUUUCUAUUUUUACUAUCCUGACUGUAAAUAUACUCAGUGGUGCUCUUUUGUCUCUAUGUAUUUUGCAUUUUGCAAUCACAACACUUCCUAGAAACAUUUUAGUCUUUUUUUUUCCCCUUGUACUAAGUGGCAUUUAAAAUGUGACCCACACACAUUAACCCCACAGUCUUUUGGCAGCUGUUUCACUGACCUCAGUUGGAGUUCUGCCUGAGCAGUAACUAUGGACAGUGCAAAUUUAUGUAACUGGCGUUUGACUUCCUCUGCGUUCCCACUGCUCAAAUGUUAAAUUCAGCCUCUUCCUCAGCACCUACGCUGCAUGAUAGAAAAGGAGCAUUCUCCUUUGCUGCUGGCUCAGUCCCAGCACAGGGAAAGAUUUAAUGCAUCAAUGUACUAGUAAAUCCACCAGCUUGCAGCUUCUGCAGGAAAUGCCAGCUGUAGCACAGCACGCAGAUGCGUGGUACACAAACUCCCCUUCAGACCCCAAAAUUCUGCCAUUCUUUGCUUUGCAUCUUACCCUGUAAAUGGCUAUUCCUUUGUUUCCUCUGUGCCUACAGAGGAAGAAACAGGAGAAACAAAAUGGAGCUGAAAAUGUCAAAAUCCAGUAAAUCAUGUAAAGACAUUGAAGACAGCUUUUAUGAGAAGGUUCUAAGUUCUUAUCUUCUUAAAAAGGUUAAGGAUUUUACAUCACCUCUUGCUACCACAUACAAUUAAGAAAAAGGUUUCUGCUCUGUGUGAUACUCUUUUUCAAAGGAAAUACCAGUUGUGUACACUGGAAAUGAAGAAUCUGACAUUACAUAGUUCAACUAAAAGUCAUUUAAAUUGAUGAAUAACUCUUGGUAUUUUUAUAUGCAAAAUUCAUUGUUGUGUAAAACGUUUUUUUUCCUACAGCUUGAUUAAUCUAGCUUUUUUGGGGGAGAUUUAGUUUAUAAACACAGUUCAUAUUGGACCAAAAAUAGACUUUAGGCUUUCAUUAUGUAGUUAGGCCUAAAUUUCAGCACAGGACUAGAAAAACAAAACUGAAUUCAGUAGGGCUACUCCCAGGCUUAGCAAUUACAGGUACAUCUUGACCCUGAAGAGUCAGGAUUUAAAUCUUUCGAGUCUUGUAAACACAGAUACGCUCAAUUUUCAUGUGUAAUCUCAUAGUAUUGCAGCUAAGGACUUGCUUAAGAUGCUGAAUUGGGAAGGAACUGACACUGUACUGUAGUAGUGUACUACCAUUACGGAGCUAUUCCUAUUUGUAAAAAAUUUGUAGAGAAUGAGUGUUUGGGGAACUAACUUCUGAUAAAGUUAUGACUAUACCUUGGGUAAUGAAUAAAAUUGUCACUUAAGAUGCACUUUAGGAUACCCUGUUUUUCAGUGAGAAGGAUGCUGUUAUCUUUGAAUGUUACAAAAGAUUAAUUUUGUAAUAAUGCUGUCAAGUAUUUAGCACUAAGUAUUUCACAUGAGUAUGUUGCACAUUUCAA